AUGGAUGCGAGGGUUCCCUUGUCUCACUCAUUAUGGUCACCAUACGACACCGUCAAAGAUGCAGCUGAUUCAUUAGGUAUCAACUUACCAGAUGAAUCCGCUAAAAAUUUAGCUAUGGAUGUUGAAUAUAGAAUUCAUGAAAUACUUGAAUUAGCUAUAAAAUUUAUGCGUCAUUCUAAAAGAAAAAUCUUAAUGACUUCAGAUAUAGAUUAUGCAUUAAAAGUUUUGAAUGUUGAACCAUUAUAUGGAUAUGAUAAUUCACAAAAUUUAACAUUUAAAGAAACAAUGGUUGGUGCAGGUGGACAAACAUUAUAUUAUAUUGAUGAUCAUGAAAUUGAAUUUGAAAAAUUAAUAAAUCAAGAAUUACCUAAAGUUCCAAGAAAAACUACAUUUACUGCUCAUUGGUUAGCUAUAGAAGGUGUUCAACCAAUGGUUCCUCAAAAUCCUUUACCUUCUGAAAUUAAAAAUUUACCACCUGCAAUUAGAGGAGCUACUUCAUCAAUGUUAGGAAAUGAUAUAUUAGCAUUAGGUGGUGGAAGUGAAAAAGAAGAAAAUAUCUCUGGAAGAACUAACUCAAGUAAUAAGAAUAAAAAGACUACAACUACAGAAAAAGAAUUUGAAACGAAACCAUUAGUUAAACAUGUAUUAUCUAAAGAACUAAAACUAUAUUUUGAUAAAGUAGUUGAAGUAUUAGUUUCAACAGAUCCAGAAGAAGAAAGUUUAAAAAAUGCAGCAUUACAAUCUCUUAAAUCAGAUCCAGGAUUACAUCAAUUGGUACCAUAUUUUAUUCAAUUUGUUGCAGAACAAAUAACAAAUCAAUUAAGACAUAUAGAUAUUUUAUCAACAAUGUUGGAAGUUAUUUCAUCAUUAGUUGAUAAUAAAACUAUAUUUUUAGAUCCUUAUGUUCAUGCAUUAAUGCCAUGUAUUUUAACAUUAUUAUUAGCUAAAAGAAUUGGUCCAAUUAUUGAAAAAAAUUCAGAAGAAUAUGAAGAAAAUUUAAAACAACAAUUAGCUAUACGAGAAUUUGCUUCUAUAUUAUUAGAACAUAUAAUAACAGUAUAUGGAUCUUCAUAUUCAACUUUAAGACCAAGAGUAACAAGAACUUUACUUAGAGCAUUAUUAGAUUCAACAAAACCUGUGGGGACACAAUAUGGUGCAUUAUUAGGUUUAAAGAAUCUUGGUAAUGAAGUUAUAAAAUUAGUAUUAGUUGGAAAUUUAAAAAUUUGGUAUAAUUCAAUAAUUGAAGAAAAUGAUAAUGAAAUUGAUAAAAAAAUUUUAAUCAAUACAGUGCUAGAUAUACUACGAAAAUUAAAUAUAAAACCUAAAAUUGAUGAUAUGGAAAUAGAUGAUUCGGAAUUAAGUGAUGAAAUAAAAGAUAAAUUAAAAGAACGAAUAGGUAAACCAUUAAGUGAUAUUGUUUUAGAACAAUCAGAUUCAAAAGAUAUAGUUAGAGGUUUAUUUUUCGGAGAAUUAACCAUAUAA